AUACGCGUCUUCAUACAAAGUCUUUGAUUUUCUGCAACGAAUCCCAUAACCUUUCUGUUUCCGGUGUUGCAAGCGUGAUCAUACAAGCGAAAUGGCAAAGCGCACGAAGAAGGUUGGAAUCACCGGAAAAUACGGUACCAGAUAUGGUGCCUCCCUUAGGAAGAUGGUUAAGAAGAUGGAAAUUACGCAGCAUUCCAAAUACACUUGCACCUUUUGUGGAAAGGAUGCAAUGAAGAGGAGUUGUGUUGGUAUCUGGUCGUGCAAGCGUUGCAAGAGGACAGUGGCUGGUGGAGCGUGGGUGUACAGCACAACAGCUGCAGCUACAGUGAGGUCUGCGGUCCGACGUCUCCGUGAAACUAAGGAGCAGUGAAUGUAUUCAUAAAGGACUUAAUAAAAACUUGUUAUUUA